AUGUCAACAAUUAGCAAAGGUCUAUCAGGUGAAAUCAAUACAUUAAAUGAGAAAUAUCAAGCACAUGCAUUCAUCGAAUCUCGUUGGUCAGUUUCAUUUGAUAAAUUUCCAUCUGAUCUAUCAGCUGCUAAUCCACAACGUUUAGCUGAUGGAAAAUCUGUUACCCUUGACAAUUAUGCUGAAUGUCAUUGGCAUCGUCAAUUUUAUAUUGAAAAUGAUUUCGGUGAUUUAAGAGAACAAAUAAAAUAUAGUGGAAAAAUAAGCAAAGAAGAUAAUAAAAUAUAUAUUGGGGUGUGGGUAUGGGUUUAA